GGCUUGCGCGACUACCCUCAUCGGGACUGUGCGACCUCGCUGUGACACGAGCAUUCAUUGCAUCAUUGUGUCGCAAAGUACAACAGAGUGAAAGGCUUCAGCACCUUCGACACCUGGCUGCGUUGUGCUUUGGGCUAAGAACGAGUCGGCGCUAUGGCCCAUACUCAGCCGUCUCCCACGGGAGGCGUCACUCCUCACCAUGGUCAUCUCGCCGCUCACCCGCAGGUCAAUGGCCACAUGCCGUUGGCGACUCCAAGCCAGAAGGGCCCUCCUCUGAACACUGCUCAGAAGAUCGCCGCCCUUAACGAGCAAGUAUGGCUUCAGAUCGGGAGUCUUACCGAACUGAUGGGCGAGUUGGAUGGUGCCAUGAAUGCAUAUGAGCAAGCGUUACGGCACAACCAAUGGUCAAUCCCCGCCAUGAAUGCGAUCUCCUGUAUCUUGCGGACAAAAGAACAGUAUCCGAAGGCGAUUGAGUAUCUCCAGAAUAUCUUGAAACUUGACCCGGCAAGUGGAGAGACCUGGGGCAGCUUAGGCCAUUGUCAUCUGAUGAUGGAUAAUCUGCAGGAAGCAUACACCUCUUACCAGCAGGCGCUUUACCACUUGCGCGAUCCUAAGGAACCCAAGCUCUGGUACGGCAUCGGUAUACUUUAUGAUCGUUACGGCUCGCUCGACCACGCCGAAGAAGCCUUCUCUCAGGUGAUGCGCAUGGCCCCCGACUUCGAGAAGGCCAAUGAAAUCUACUUCAGGCUGGGAAUCAUAUACAAGCAGCAGACUAAGUUCAACCAAAGCUUGGAGUGUUUCAAAUAUAUUGUUACCGACCCUCCCCGCCCUCUGACAGAAGAGGAUAUUUGGUUCCAGAUCGGUCAUGUCCACGAACAGCAAAAGGAUUUCGAGGGGGCGCAAAAAGCUUAUCGGAGGGUUCUUGACCGCGAUCCCAACCAUGCGAAGGUGUUGCAACAGCUUGGAUGGCUUUACCACCAACAAAGCAACAACUACGCUAGCCAGGAGAAGGCCAUCGAAUACCUCGAAAAAUCCGUCGGCGCAGACAAUGGCGAUGCCCAAAGUUGGUAUCUUCUCGGUCGCUGCUACAUGUCGCAAGCCAAGUACCCCAAGGCGUACGAGGCUUAUCAGCAAGCUGUGUACCGCGACGGCCGCAACCCGACCUUCUGGUGCUCGAUUGGGGUGCUUUACUACCAAAUCAACCAGUACCGGGACGCGUUGGACGCCUACUCCCGUGCGAUCCGUUUGAACCCGUACAUCUCGGAGGUGUGGUACGAUCUGGGAACUCUGUAUGAGUCUUGCAACAACCAAAUCGCGGACGCGCUUGAUGCGUACGGUCGGGCUGCCGACCUUGACCCGACAAAUGUCCAUAUCAAGGCGCGUCUGCAGCUUCUCCAGAGCCAGUUGUCAGGUUCCAGUCAGAGCAACGGUCCCGCUCCUCAGCCUCAAGACGUCCACCCCCAGGCUUAUCAGGCUCCUGGCGUAGGAGCGCCUCCGGCGCCCCAAUGGGGUGCACCAGCGCCAACCGGUGGUCCACCCCCGCAGGCUCCGGCCCCCCCAAGACAGAUAGCUGACUGGAACCGUGGCCUGAAUGAACUUCAGUCCCAGGUCCAGGCACAAGCCGCCAAUGGAUUUGAUCCCCGCGACACGCUCCGUGCCCCUGGCUCUAUCCAGCAACCGAGCCCGCGACAAGAGCCUGGAAGAGGUUUCCCCGAGGUUGUGCGCGCACAGCCAACCGCAGCUCACUCUCCGAAGACCACCCUCACUGGCCCGACUGUUUACGCGCCCGUCCACGCACUUCCCCAACUUGCCAACCCUCCGCCUCCCGCACAUGACCGCGCUGCUGCUGGUGCUACUGCCUUCUCCCCAGCCACCCGCGGGCCGUUGCCACCUGCCCCUCCCGCCCCUCCUGCUAUUCCCGGCCCACCUAAUGGCCCUGCCUCUGCAAAUGCUCUGCCGCCUUACCAUCGCCCGUUCACCCCACCAACGGAGGUCCGGCCUCUGCGCGAUGAGCGUCCCUCCUCCCCCGGCUCUGUCUACCCGCACCAGCAGUACCACCAUGGCCCCAGCGUGCCUUUGCAGGGCGCUAGCAGCGGUGGUAUCGCCGGCGGUGCACCUCCUCCGGCGUCCGCUAUCAGUGCUGCUGAAGCUGCGGCUCGCGAGCGUGAGGAGCGCCCUGGUUCGGCCAUGAAGCGCGGUAGAGAGUGGGAGGCAGACUCUGGACCUAUCAAGAAGCUUGCUAGUGAGGAGAGCCGUGCACGCCUCGAGGAUCAGAUGUCUCGACGCGUCACUCCUCCCAAUCGCAUGCCCUCUCCUGGGGAGAUCCAGCGCCGCAGCUCUUCGGAGGCUCGGCGGGAGGACCAGCGCCGGGUUAACGAGACCUAUCACCCUUCUGAGGCGGCCCACCACCCCCCCACCCUGCCUUCCAUUCAACACAUGCCUCCUCAUCCGUCUGGUGGCCCAAGCCUUCCUCCAAUGGCUGAAAGCUCCGCUGCUGCCUCCAACGGCCCGCAGUCGGUGCAACCCACCGUCCAGGUCCAAGUCAAGGAGGAGCCUGCUCGCAGUGAACAAGCCCCGGCGCAUGAGCCUGCGGCACGAAAGAUGGACGUGGACGAGAACUAUGAUGAUGAUGGCGAUGAUGAGAAACGAGCAAGCGCUGUUGUGAAGGGUAGCCCGCACGGAAGUGGAUCGGGCAGUGCCAAUAACAGUAGCAACGGGGUCUUGGGGGCGGGCAACCAAACCACCCCGUCCAAGCCCGAUUCUACGGUUUAGGAACGUGGUGAUGCGGCACCACUUGAUGUAUUAUCUGGGAUGGAUCGAUAGGUCUACCGUGGCCCACACAAAGAACAGUUCGAAUGAAACUUUCUUCACGAGAAAUCUCUGCCCUCGUUUUACUUCCACGCCCCCUUUCCUUGGUUU